AUGAGUUAAUUAGAACCAUUUGAACAUCAUUAUAGUAAAUAAUACUUAGAAGUAUUUGGAUGUUCUCAUACAAAUCGACAUAUUUAUUCAGAAAAAAUGAUUUGCACAGAUUGUGGCAUUUUCUUAAAUAAUGUAAAUAUCAUCCUUAAAGAAUAGCCCAACACUAAAGUGUAUAAAACAUUGAAAAUGAAAUAUAAUGCAUUUUUCAAUCCAAUAAAAGUAUUAUAAGGGAUGAUGGUAGAUGGUUUACCAAAUGGGCCAAUCAAGUAACGAUAAGAAUUCAUAGAAUUCAUUUUGUAAGUGUCAGAAAGAUUAAAUUUGUCUAUCAAUACAUGUUUUUUAGCUAUCAAUUAUAUUGAUUAAUAUUUCAAUAAGGUUGCAGUAAAUGAAAAUCAAACAUAUUUAUUUGUUUCUACAGCUCUUAUGUUAGCUGCUAAAGCAUAAGAACUUGAUGAAAGAGUUCCUUUUAUUAGUAAACUUAAAAGAUAUGCCUCUAUGACUAAUCAUCCUGAAAUUAGUCAAUUCAGCACUUAGGAUUUUAAAUCUGCUGAGAGAUCUUUGAUCCAAUAAAUGGAAUGGAAAUUAUAAAGAAAUACAUUAUUAGAUAGAAUAGAAGCAUUGUUAUCAUUUGGAGUGAUUGAUGAUGAUGAUAGUUUAGGAUAACAAUAAUAAAAAGAAAACAAAGAUUCAACUCAUCAAUAACACAUUAAACUGAGAGACUUAUAAGAAAACUAGAUAUUAUAAUAUGUUAAAGAAGUAGAAAGCAAAUAUGUUGAAGUAGCACUCUAAAUCAUUAGAGGUAUUAAAUAUUAAAUUCUUAAUGUUAGAUGAAUAAUUGUAUUUCCAAACAGAUCAGACUAUAUUAGCCUUAUCUUGUGUUGCAUAUUUAAGAAAGAAGGCAGGUUUAUUAAAUAUUUGGUCUUAACAAUUAUAAAGUUUGACUGGAGUUGGUGCAUAAAAAAUAUCAUCUUCAGUUUCUUAAAUUAUGACUCUUAUUGCCAAAAGUAAAAGUUUCAAAACUAUAACUAAAUUGUAAGCCACUCCUUCAGAUCUUUACUAUUAAUAAAUCAGUACUCCUACUAAUAACACUCUUACAACUGUCAGCUCUAAUCAUCUUAUUAAUAGAUAAUUUUAGUUUGAAUAAAAGAGAUAAUCAUUUGGAGAUGCAAUAAUUCAAAAAGCCAAGAUACCUCUUUUAUAAUCUAAAUCAACAGCUCAUUUAGGAGAUCUUAGCAAAUAACAUCUAUCGCAUAAUAAUGUCACCUUUACUACUAGUAAUAAUUAUACAUUUUUAAAUGAAAACACGACUACUUUAGCUCUUAACAAUUAUAUUUCUUCUCAUAAUAUUCAUCCUAAUCAUAAUGGAGGAGAACUUGAUAAGAAAUACGAAUAAGUUCAUAAAGUUGGAGGUAGCCUUUUUAGAUAAUUCCAAUGA